UCAAACAAGAGGGGCAUUCGAUCACUGUUUGCCGAAAGUAAAAAAGGACUCUCUUUCGCACUAUUCAAGGAGCAAAUGGAUAGUUUGCUCCCGCGUGGGUACAGUAUCUUUUGGCUAAAACGUAAGCGGGAAGGCUUUAUCAAGAAAUUAAGAGAGAGGAGGCUUCAUGCUUUAAGUGGAUUCUCUCUCUAACGAUCAACUGGCCAAGCCUCAGCCGAAGCUCUACGGUGAGCUUUCCUGUCAGUACAGUGGGAUUCCGGCGAGAUCCCUGUUGGUAGCUUAAUUGCAUUAAUGGCUAAGGCUGCUGUUGACGUUCCUCCAAAGGGUGGCUUCAGUUUUGAUCUCUGCCGAAGAAAUGAGAUGCUUGUAAAGAAAGGGGCUGAGCUGCCCAAGUUUCGGAAGACUGGCACCACAAUUGUCGGGCUUGUCUUUAAGGAUGGUGUCAUUCUUGGGGCAGAUACAAGAGCAACUGAAGGACCCAUUGUUUGUGAUAAAAAUUGUGAAAAGAUCCAUUAUAUGGCGCCAAACAUUUAUUGUUGCGGUGCGGGAACUGCUGCUGAUACAGAGGCAGUUACAGAUAUGGUUAGUUCUCAACUUGCCCUACACCGUUAUGCUACUGGCCGAGAGUCAAGGGUGAUAACAGCCCUUACCCUUCUCAAGUCUCACCUUUUCAGUUACCAAGGACAUGUAAGUGCUGCCUUGGUUCUUGGUGGUGUUGAUGUCACUGGACCUCAUCUUCACACGAUAUAUCCACAUGGAUCAACUGACACUCUUCCAUUUGCUACAAUGGGUUCUGGCUCGCUAGCUGCUAUGGCGAUGUUUGAGUCGAGAUACAAAGAGGGCAUGACAAGAGAGGAAGGAAUAAAACUUGUAUGUGAUGCCAUAUGUUCUGGUAUUUUCAAUGACUUGGGUAGUGGAAGCAACGUUGAUGUUUGUGUGAUAACUAAGGAUGGCAAGGACUAUUUGAGGAACCAUCAGCUUCCAAAUCCUCGGACAUAUGUCAGUACAAGGGGAUAUUCUUUCACUAAAGGGCAAACUGAGGUUCUUUCAACCAAGAUCACCCCUAUGAAGGAGAAGGUUGAGAUCAUUGAAGGGGAUGCGAUGGAAGAGUAAACUCUUCAUUUUCUUUUGAACUGUGGGGAUCUUGGGUCUUGUAUCCUAAUCCCCACCCCCCACCACCCCGGAAAAAAAGAAAAAAGGUUUUCUUUAUGUCUUUCUCUUGAGGAUUGGUCUGUAAUUUUUGAAUAUGCAUAGGAUUCAGGUGGUUCGGAACUCAUAUUCUUGUGUUGCAGGUUCAGGACGAACCCAUCCAUGGUUAUAUUUUUCUUGUUUUUUUAUAUGAUGUUCUUUCAGGGCAACCAAUGGAAACGACAAUUAGAAUGUGAUGGGUUACUUUCAGUGUUUCA